AUGAGUAUUCCUGCAGAAACCUACUAUCUUCAUCUGGCGCUCUUGAUGGGAAACCUCGAUAGUGCACUUAGUAUCAGAGACUUACGAACUAUCUCAAGAGGCCGUCAUCUAGCUGAGCUUGGUAGUGGUUUAGAUAGAACCAGAUUUAGCGAUGAUAAUGAUAGUGAAGACAAAGAAAAGCUAGGGGCCCGCAAAUGCAAGGAACACUAUAAAGAACAGGUAGGCGCAAUCCAGCAUGGCUUCAGGGCUCUUCAAGAGAUGGCUCAUGAGUCUAAAAUCAGAAGUACAUCUCAAACACCAUUUUUCUAA